CUCCCCCGGAAGGCCCCGCGGGGAAGGGCGACGUGUCGCCGCGGCGUUAGGACCCAGAGGACUAUUUUUCACCGGAGGCGUAGGGCUGCCGCGUGCGGGGUGGGCGUGUGCGCGCUCGCGAGAGGGGGAGCGAGGCGGAUGCGUCUGCGGCCGUAGGUAGUUCCGGUCGAGGAAGUCGGCGCUGGCGGCCGCCGGUUCCCGUGGCUGCGCCAGGGCAGGAGCGCCGCGUCCCGAGCGGUGGCCGAGCCCGCCCGGCCCCCCGCCAGCCCCGCCGCCCGCCCCGCCGCCCGCCCGCCCGCGGGGAGCCGCCCGCUGCCAUGGCCACCCGCUCCUGCCGGGAGAAGGCGCAGAAGCAGAACGAGCAGCACCAGGCCAUCCUAGCUAAGCUGCUGCGGGAGGAGGACAACAAGUACUGCGCGGACUGCGAGGCCAAGGGUCCAAGAUGGGCCUCUUGGAACACCGGUGUUUUUAUUUGCAUCAGAUGUGCUGGAAUACAUCGAAAUCUUGGCGUCCAUAUAUCAAGGGUCAAGUCCGUCAACUUGGACCAAUGGACACCUGAGCAAAUACAGUGCAUGCAGGAAAUGGGAAAUACUAAAGCAAGAUUACUCUAUGAAGCUAAUCUACCAGAAAACUUCCGAAGACCUCAAACAGAUCAAGCUGUGGAAUUUUUCAUCAGGGAUAAGUACGAGAAGAAGAAGUAUUAUGAUAAAAAUGCAGCUAAUGCCUUCAAUAUAUCCUCUUCUGAUGCUGCUCAGCCUUUGGCAUCCUCUCCUUCUCUGCAAGCUGCUGCUGAGAAGAGCAAAGCAGAGAAGGAAAAAGAAAAAAAGAAAGAAGAGAAGAAGAGAGAGAGAGAAUCAGAAAAACCAUCAAAACAAUUAGCAGUUGAAAAGCCACAGAAGAAAGAAGAUCAGCAAUCAGAAGCUAAAGCAAGCCCCAAAAAGUCAUCAGAACCCACUGUUGAUCUUUUAGGACUUGAUGGUCCUCCUGAGGCAUCUGUGACAAAUGGAGGUCCUGCUGCUGCCACAGCGCUGAACGAUGACCUGGACAUCUUUGGUCCCAUGAUCUCUAACCCUUUGCCAGCAGCUGCUGCACCUCCCACUCAGAGCGCUUCCACCAAACCAGCAGCUGCCGCCUUGUCUGCAGCACCCGGGGACCUCGAUCUGUUCACCGAGCAAACAACAAAAUCUGAAGAGUCGGCAAAGAAACAACUCUCCAAAGACUCCAUCUUAUCCCUGUACGGCACAGGAACCAUGCAGCAGCAGAAUGCUCCGGGUAUGUUCAUGGGGUCGUCUUCUAUGCCAUUUACCACACAGCCAUCGACUCAUUUCCAAGGCUUUCCGGCCAUGGGAGUUCCUGUGCCUGCAGCAACUGGGAUGAUGGGAAGCAUGAUGGGACAGUCGGUGCCAGUCAUGGGACAGAGCACAGGCGUGAUGGUGGGAAUGGGAAUGCCCAAUGGAUUUACUGGCACUACACAAACUGGUGUGAUGGGACUUCCUCAAAAUGUCGUUGGACCUCAAGCUGGAAUGGUGGGACAGAUGGUGACGCCACAGAAUAAGUACGGAUUGCAACAAAACCAACAAGCUCAAUGGAACCUCUCUCAGAUGAACCAGCAGCUGGCGGGGAUGGCGCUGGGCGGCCCCGGCGGCGCGGGGGGCUUCGGCCAGGCCCCCGGCACGGCAGCGGGAUGGGCCGGCAGCUCCUCGGGCCAGACGCUCAGCACGCAACUCUGGAAGUGAGAGCCGCGGUAGGAGCCUCGCCCAGAACAGCCACCUCGACAUUCCUCCUCCAGACGCCUUUCCUUUCGCUGUCCCUUCCAUGUACAUACUCUUUUCUUUUCCCCCAGCUGUUCCAAUCCCAGGUAUAACCGACUGACCGUGUUGUGGUCUGUAUUGAUUUCAAUUUGAUGUAGUGAAAAGCAGAUCAAGGAUUGCGUUGCCACGCCACUGGCAGCGUUACACAAUGCAUAUGAUUUCCUAGACCAUAUAUUUAAGAAGCUGCUUAACCACACACUGAUUAUUUUUCUCUCCCCGUCAAAAUCCCAGGCCCGCCGUUCGCAUAUAAGGGAUGUAGCUAUCAUGUUAGUAAUAUCCGAAAGUAUCGACCCCAACCUCCCCCACCCCGGCCCCAAAUUACCCAGUGAUCCUGUAGAAGGUACUGUAUGAACAAAUGUUUAAUCAUAUAUAAAUAGAAUGUAAAUGUAUCACUGAGCAAUGUUUUCUAGUGUAUCAAACAAACUCGGUUUCAUCAUACAUUUCACUGUGACGUUACUAUGGUGUGCAUAACAGGGAAUGUGCUUAUUGAAAGAAAGAUAAACCUGGAUGUUGCUGUAACUCUACAAAUGGAGAGUUUAUUGUUUUUAAAAAGGAGGGUUUGAUGCGUGUGGGUUCCUGGGAGGAAGCCCCCAGGGCUGGGGCGGGCACACAGCGUCAGCGGAGGGGCUCGGCGCGGGCAGACGGACGGCUCCUCGCAGAGAGAUCCAGGUUUAUGACAGUGAUCGUGUUUACAUUUUAUGGUGCCUCAUAAUGAUAAAAUGUUAUUUCCCUAUAUUAAAAAGAUGAAUCCAUAAAUGAUUGUGAGUUUUUAUUCCCUUGUAUGACUGACUUGACUGCCACUUCUUCGAGAAGUCUACGUUUAGUGACGGAAAACGUGUUCCCUUUGGAGGAUCCAUCGAUGCAAAUGUUUAGGUCAUCAGUUUGUGAGUUAAAAUGGGUUUGUAAUUACACCAUUAAGCUGGAUAAAUACCAAAAGUAUGUACAUAAAGAAUG